GGGGGGGGGAUGGAGAUGGACGAGGCGGAUGUCGACAGUUCCCGGCAGCACUGGGCGCCAGAGGACGACGACCAGGAGGGUGAGGGUUCUUCGGUAGAACGGAAGCGGAAGCGGAACGGGGAGAGCUCGACGGCGACGUCCCCCGUUGACCCUGAGAAGGAGAAGGAGGAGGCCAGAAACGGGCAGUGGGCGGGGGGAGCGGGCUUGGCGGGUACGCCGAGCCAGGCGAAGAAGACCGGGGUCUCCUCCUCCUCCUCCAGCGGCGGCGGCGGCAGCGCCAGCAACGAAACGAUGGUAAAGGAGGCGUCAAGUCACGAUGAUGGUAGCACCGCGAAGAUGGCGACGGCGGCGAUGGCUACGGCGUGUCCUGCUGCUCAGGGUGCGUCUCAUGACUCCGGGGGGGAUUCUUCUGGCACGGCGUCGUUUGCCGGAUGGGCAUCCUCCUCAGGUGGUGCCCCCAAUGCCACUGCAGCAGCCUUGGCGAAGUUUGCAGCGGCCGCCGCAGCGAGUACCGGCGGACUGGCGGGGGGAGAGGGGGGAGGGUCCAAGCGGGGCAGCAACAGCAGGCAGUACUGGGCGGCUGGGACGGGGUAUGGGCACAGCGGCGCGGCGGGAGAAAAGUGGGACGUGGACGCGUACCUCGCGGCGCAGAGGGAGCAGGAUCGGCUCAAGGAAAAUCUGCUGCAGGAAAUCGCGUACCUGAUGAGACCCGACGAACGGCAUGCCUUCCCGGAGUUUGCCGCGUUGAAGAGAAAGUCCGCGCUCCAGACCCCGCCGCCGCCGCCGCCUGCUGGAGCCUCGAAUCCAGAGGAAGAGUUGGAGGAGGAGGAGGGGGAUGGGGAGGGUGCCGUUGCCGCAGCCGGCAAACGAAAAGGGAAAGGCAAGGCCCGAGGGCAGGUGGGGAGAGGCGAAGAAGCAGCAGGGGUUUCCGCUUCCCCGGCGGAGGCGAACGGAAUUGGGCCUGGAGACGGGGCGGGGGGCGGGGGAGGGGGGGGAGAGGGGGGUCCCGCGGAAGAACGCAUCGACCCCAGCGGGAGAAAGAGAAAAAAACUCACGUUUGCUAUGGAGGAGUACCGGGUGGACAGCGUGAACUCGAGCCUGAGGGUAUUGGAAGAGUCGUGUCUGGUUCCGUUCCUGCAGCAGCUUCUGGAGAACGACUCGCUCCUCGACGUCGACAGGCACGCCGCCCUCUACACCUCCGUCUUCAAGUUGGUUCGGUGCAUCGCGUCCUGGCGAUCCCUCCAUCCCCUUCUUGGACCGAUGAAGGGGCAGAAGCCACGCCGCAGCCUCUACCGGCUCCUUAGCAAGCUGGGGGACCGGGCCAAGGUCUACCAAUCGACGACGUCGAAAGGGAGGCAGGGCAAAGGGGGCGACAAUGCCAAGGCCAACGCUAAGGGGAACGACGUAAAGACCAAGCCAACGGCUGGAGGACCGCCGGUCCCGGCAAGUCAAGAGUCUUCCUCCUCGUCUUCCCAGUCGGGGAAAACGAUGGGCUUUGCUCUCCCUCUCGGUGUGUCCUCCAAGAAGGCUCCCGGCGCUGAUGAGGCCGCCGCCCGCACGGGCGGUGUUGGCGACGAUGACGACGAUGGGGCCCUCACGGACCUGCUUCUUGCCGCAGUCCAAGACGUAAAGGACGUGGUGGACGCUUCGUUCGUGGAAGAGCUCGAGAACGCCUCCAUCACCAGACCCAUGGAAACCAGGGGGAACGGGAAGGGCAAGGGGGGACCGACGGGGGGACCAACGACGCGAUCGUCCACGGCGGCGACAGCUGGGCCUGGCGGAUCGGCGGCAACGGCAAGAGGCCGAGGCAGCAAAGGUAGUUCCUCAAGGAGGGGAGGGGGGCGGGGGAGCGGGACUCCGUCGCCCGCCGGAAACAGGUCGGGAGAGGGGGAGGGGGAGGGGGAAGACGAGUGGCACCGAUAUCGAGAGACUAUGGCCCCUCUCCAGUACGUGGAAGUUGAAGAUUUGGUCGGUUUUUGCUUCAAGGCGGAGUCUUCGAAGACCGCCAACAGAGGGAACCCUCAGAGAGUGAAGCGGUUGGGCCAGGAGCAUGCGGAUCUGAGCCAAAGCCUGCCGCUUUCUCUGUCUUCGUCCGUGUUUGUGAGGACUCACGAGGACCAGAUGGACUGGAUGCAGGUUAUGAUUUCCGGUCCGGAUGACACCCCCUACUCGGGGGGGCUGUUCGCCUUCGAUAUCUUCUUCCCGCACAACUAUCCUCAGACCCCGCCCAAGGUCAAGCUCAUGACCACGGGGGGCGGCACCCACCGCUUCAACCCCAACCUCUACGCCGAUGGCAAGGUGUGCCUCUCUCUUUUAGGAACUUGGGACGGGGACCGGGGGGAGAGCUGGAACGCCCAGACGUCCACGUUGCUACAGGUGCUGGUGUCGAUUCAGUCGCUCAUCUUCGUGCCACAGCCCUUCUUCAACGAGCCGGGGUACGAGAGACAACUUGGCACGGAGCUAGGGAAGACGCAAUCCUGGGACUACAACGCCAAACAGAGAGAGGGCACGCUUAAGCUGGCGAUGCUGCAGAUGCUGCAGAUGCCACCCGCUGGGUUCGAGUCUGUCGUGAGGGGACACUUCUACCUGCGACGGAAGUACUUGGAAGGGCUGGUGGCGCAGUACAUCUCGGAGGCAACGGCCAGGCAGGGAAGCGGGCAGCACCUCAAGAGGCUGCAGGCCCUAGCCACCCAGCUGCAGGAGCAAUUCGCGACGCUUCAGCCGCCCACCGCUAGCUAGCCAGCCGCCCACCGGCGGGAGGGAGCAAGGCGUGGCUUGGCGUGGGGCAGCCGCGGGAAUGGGGGGGGAGUCAGCAUCUGUCAUCUUAGCCGUCGGGUGCGCCUUGACGUCGACGGCCUUAUUCUAGAGUAGCACCAUCGUACCUCCCCUACACGCGAUGACUGCUGUGCUCGUAGGUCCAAUCACGUGCUGGCUUCCGAAGCGGAGACCAUCAGAGCCUCGCCAGAAGUUCGGUGGAACACGGUGGAACACCGGCAACCGUAUGGCUACCAAGAGGAAGCUUCUUUGUGUUUAGACAGUUCCUUGCGGCGAGGGACAACGAGGGAUCGCGUCGUGUUGGACUACACCAGCGAGAGAGCAUGGUUGUGGUAUGUAGUCGGGGCUGUCGGCACCACACGUGUGGUCUGGUCUCGAACCAAAGCCGGCAGUAGGCCGAGCCCCUUGAGCAGCAGCGGUAGUAGAAUAGUCUGAACUGCGAAGCGUAUAUGUAUGUCGCCACGAUUCUUGCCUGCCAUUCAGCGCUAGGGUCCUGUGUGCCCUUUUGUUCAUGCACGGCCGCAGGCUUCAGCCGCAUGAGAGACCCUCGCUCUCAUCCCUCCUAAGCAUUAUGAGCAACCCUCACUUUCAUCCCUGCAGAGAAAGCCGUGGCAGAAGGUGGCGAAUCUUGACCUACUAGUGGCAGCGUAGGAAGGGGUAGAAUUGGUACCGUCGCUGAAGGACGGGGUUUCGAGUUGGAUUGGAUCGGUUCGUGGGAGGCAUGGUAGCCUCUGGGCACGCUAAUGCUGUGAUGGACAUCGCGUAUCGAUUUGCC